UGAAUUGGCCAUCCCAUCGCCAGUUUUGAUUGGCGGGUAAAUUUUUAUUGUUGACAAAAAAAACUGGAUCCAGUCUCCUCGUCUAUUGAAGUAGAUGCCUGCUGCUAAACCCAAAAGACUUUUACAUGAAGACAACCCACAAAAAGAAAAUAGAAACGUGUCCAAUUCAAAUGCUCAAGAGCCUAGUUCGUUUUUAGGCAACGGGAAACUGGUCAAUAUUGGUAGGAUGCCUGAAAACGUGGACUUGUUGGCGUUUCAGGAUACUUGUCCCUUCACCGGAACAACUGUCACUUAUACACCCGGGUACGAGUUUUUCAGAGAGGUACAUGGAAGAAAAUUACUUUGCACUGUGCAACAAGAUAACUCUGGAAGACCCAAGUUCCAAGUGAAGGAAACAAAUUGUCCCCAAUCAAGGUCACUCAUUAAUGAACAAGGAUACAAUAUACACGAACUAUGGAAUAGGAUUGGCAAAAAGCUGAAUAACAAACAAAGCACACCGAUAAAUGGUCUAGAAGCCCAUGGAUUGCUUAGCAAUGAAACACAUUCCGGUUUGAUAUCUCUUUUGGAAGGUGAACAAACACAGACUUCGUUGUCUGUAAAAGAUCACAAGUUAAAAAGGGAGCCUGUACAUUCACAAAACAGUUCGUCCACUCCAAGCACCAACCAUAAUGAAAUCAAUGAAGCAAGUAUGGAGAAUGUUGGAACUAUUGAAUCCGAUAGCAAGCCCCCUUCUUUGACCAGUGAUGAUACUUACAUUCCAGAAUCUCUUCAAAGCAUAUCGAAUGGUAGCGCAAAUUCAAAUAACGUUCGAACCAAAGAAGUGUUGAAAAGAAGCACGACAAAGACAUUGAAAAAAGUAAACAACAGUCGAAAAACAGAAAAGAAAGGCAAACGUAAAGCAGAACAAAAAGGGAGUGGCAAGUAUGGUGGCAGUGGUCAGUCAACUGAUUCAAGAAAACAUGCUGUUGAAGAAUUUCACAAGUCUUUAGAAGAAGACUUAAUUUCUGAGCAAGGACAACUCGAGUACAGUACAGCUGCCAUAGAGUGGAUUGAUGAAAGUCAUCCAUUGGAACUUUAUGAGAAGCCUUUGCAUCAUUAUGGAAAUUUAUACUCUUUGAAUUUUAAUUAUGAUGGCUCAUUGCUGGUAAGUGGCUCAAGUACAGGGACGUUAUGUGUGUGGGAUACCAGUAGCUGGGAAAGAAUUGGUGAAUUUUGCGAUUGGGAAACUUUUGACAAAGAGUUGGUAGAAUACUUGACUUGUUGCUUUUCUCCUGAUAGUCGAUAUAUUAUUGCUGCUGGUGUAACACGAGACAGGUUUUCUUGGAAUGAUGAAGAAGACGAGAAUUCUGUUGUACCGGGUACAAUAAGAAUAUUUGAUGUGACUAGUGGUAGAGUGACUGCAAGAUUAGAAGGACAUCUAGAAGAAAUAUUUUGUCUCAAAGUAAUUAAGAGAGGUGAGAAUUUUUACCUCAUAAGCUGCGGCGAAGACGGACGAAUUUGUAAAUUCCUUUUUCAUCAUCAAGAUGAGUCUCAUGAGCAGUUUAAUUUUUCUACUGCUUGCAAAAUUUCUACUAUUUCAGUGGAAGCCAUGAUAAACGAUAGCGAGAUGGAUCCACUGGAGUGUGAAUCAUUUAUUGCAAUCGACUUAGAAUUUCUGCCUCGCACGAACAAUCGCCUAUUCUUGGUAGCAGUGGAUUCGGGUUUGCAACUUUUCGACUUUGAUCGAGAGAUUUGUAUUGCGAAGUUUCCCAAUUUGUACACUGCCUAUGCAGACUCUAUUUCCAUUCUUCCUGUUUCUUAUGCUCUUGUAGAAAAUUCAACUGUGAGUCAGAGUGAAGAGAAUAUCUAUUCCUGGUAUUUAGUCACUAGAGGAGUAGAAUGGAUGGAUAGCCAAGGAAAUCUUCCACGAGAAAACUGUUGCACCCUUCGCCGUCUAAGUUGCAUUUCUCUAUCUGAAUCUCUUUGGUCUUUGGAAUCCAUUCGAGACUUUAGUAGUGAAGAAUAUUAUUCCAACAUAUGGCCAUGUCGACUGGCUACUCAGGGAAGAUAUGUGGUAUCUGGAUCGAUUACUGGAGAGACUUUCGUGUGGCAUUUAUCUAGUGGGAAUCUUACGGCAAAGCUGAGAGGUUUUGAUCCACGUAAAACAAUACGUACAAUACUGUUUCAUCCCACAAGGGCUUUACUAGUAACAGCAGGCGAUGAUGAAUUCAUUCGAAUUUGGCAACAAAAAAAAUGAAAUAAGGGGAAAAGCCUGCGCACCCUCAAGUAAAGCCACCCAUAGUUUU